AUGCCUGAGCUUAUCAAUGCAAAUCCUACCGUCUACAAGCCUUUAAAAACUUCUCACCGAAUUCUAACAGAAAAAGAAGAACAAGAGGAGUUUGAAGACAUAAUCGAUUCCCAAGAAGUAUUUGAUCUAAUCCGUUCAAUAUCAGACCCCGAACAUCCCUUAACUCUUGAAGAAUUAAAUGUAACACAACUUGAUCACAUUAAAGUUGACGAUGCUAAUUCUUACAUUAGUAUUGAAUUCACUCCAACUAUACCACACUGUUCCAUGGCUACUCUAAUUGGCUUAUGUAUUCGUGUAAGGCUUUUACGGAGUUUGCCUGAAAGGUUUAAAGUUGACAUUAUGGUUAGAAAAGGUAGUCAUCAAUCUGAACAAGCUGUUAAUAAACAGUUGAAUGAUAAAGAACGUGUUGCUGCUGCUUUGGAAAAUAAUCAUUUAUUGGAAGUUGUAAAUCAAUGUCUGUCAAGUGCAAAUAAGCGUGGGAAUAUUCGUUGUUAA